UCGAUAAAGUCCCGAUCAGUUUAGGCAACGUGACAAUAACCGUUUCAUCCACACAACGUAACGCUCCUUCGUGACCCAACUUAUUAGUUUGUUUGCGCGUGAAAAUUCAUCAAUGAUCACAAUGCUACGAACGAUUCUCAAGUUGUCCAAGGAUCGUGGAAUAAACGUGGAGAAAAGUGCGAAAAGACACCUCAGUUUCCGCGGCAUCGAAAAAGCCAUUAAAAAUUACUUGGAGCCGCGACACGCGAUGGCUUACAAACAUGUCUGUCAAAUUGGCGAUCCUGGCUUGCGACAACAUACGGAACCAGUGCGCCCUGAGAUCAUUCGGUCACCACAAUUUCAGCGCCUGAUUAAACAUCUGAAGAGCGUGAUGAGGACCUACAAGGCGAUGGGAUUAUCCGCAAAUCAGAUAGGAGUACCAUAUCAAAUGUUUGCGAUGGAGGUGACGGAAAUACAUCUGCGAGGGUUACCCGAAGAGUAUCGAAGUUCACGGCAGAUGGAAGUGACGCCGUUGAGGGUGUUCGUGAAUCCAAAAAUGAAGAUUCUUGAUUACACGAAAGUUAAAGAUACCGAAGAAUGCUUAAGUUUCAUAGGCUACGAGGCGGUUGUGCCGAGAGCCAAAACCGUUGUGAUCGAAGCACUGGACGAUGCUGGAGAGCCAGUUGUUUGGAAAGCCCAUGGAUGGGCAGCUAGAAUAAUCCAACAUGAGAUGGAUCAUUUGGAGGGAAAAACGUACGUCGAUCGAAUGGAACCAGGAACCCUCGAAUGUAUAUAUUGGUCCGAAAUUAAUAAUCGACGAGGAAACGUAGUUGUGAAAUAUUUUCCAACGAAUUGGCUGCAGCGGUAUUGGUGGUCAUUUUAGUGCUCGAAUUUCCUGUGCACUAUUGGAUAGCAGUUUUCAUAAAUAAAUUGAUAAAUCAGUAUGAAAAAUAAGGUGUUUUAUUGAUGCAUCAUCCAAGAUACAGUCAUAGCAGAGUAUUACGACAUUUGGUGAUUACGG